AUGACGAUAACGAGGAUGGCUGAACUGAACAGAGAGAUAGCAGCUCUUUUGGGGGCAAGCAAAGGCACUGGGGAGGCGCUGCAAACUGCAGACCUCUUAUUCCUACACAACUACAAGGCGACAUUGGCAACAGUCCAAAGGCAGCGCUCCCUCAAUGAUGAAUCUCGAUCGUCGUUAGGAUCUCUAUUGGAUGUUGCCAAACACUUCGGCAACCUGUCCUUCAAUAUUUGGAAUAAAAUGCGACGCAGCUGUGUCCUGAAACCCCCGAGAGGAAUCGACUCCAUCUUGGGCUCUGAGGGCCUCCCCUCGGGGACGCACAGCUGGAUGGCUGAGGUUGGAGACCAUGAAUACUGGGAACUAGGGGUGCUUUCAGGGUCUGUUGAGAGAAAGGACAAUGUUGCAUUUGGACUGUGGAGAAUAGGAUUAAAUAUCGAGCGUGCGCCCAGUCGGAUCCAGACGUUGAUAUCCACGUUGUUCCAAAACUUUAACUCUGUAAGUGGCCUCCCUAUGAAAGUAGUACCAGUAAAGAUCUCUGUAAACAUGGAAGAGAUUGUUAAGAUAACUCCAGCAUCACCAAAAAUAAAGGAUUGA